ACAACAAAAAUCCCAGUUUUAACAUCUCUAGGAGACAGAGCAUCUGCUGCCCACGCUGGACAGCUCCAGCUUCCUGCAGGAAAAAAGACGUUUCCACUUCCACGGGAGGAAAUGAGUUGGCGAUGCGCGGAUCUGAAGGAGGUGCGACCUGAAAGCACUGUGUGAUCGUCCCUCUGCCUGCCUCGCCCCCACCUCUGACUGAACCGAUCCCGUGGAACAACCAGUUGAGAGGGUCGAUGCAUAAAAUGUGAGCGGAUGGGAAACACCAGCUGGAUUUGUGGGUGAAGUAGAAACUCGUGCAGGAGGGGAACACAGCCUGGCUGCUUCAUCAGGAUUGCCUUACGUAACCGGUCUUUGUGCAGGGACUGGCAGGGAGACUGCUGGUGUUUUAUCACGGCGAGGAAACGCAGGUGAACAAAGAGGAUUAUAAUCACAAAUUUGUCUCCAACACAUCCACACAUCAUGAUCACGGAAAGCAUCAUCUCCUAGUGAGUACGUCAAGAUGAACGAGGGUCUCAGGCAGGGAGGAGGGGCUAUAACUGUGGAGGCGGAUGUUAUCCUCCACGCCAUGAACCCUGACCUCGUCACACCUCCUGAUAAAGAUGUGGAUUUAUGUCAAAGUUACGUCGAAGGAUUACUGCAGAAUGACCAGGGUUUCAGCCCUUCUCCAGUGUCUGAGAAGGAAUACCUGCUGGAUGGAAGACCAAUGGAGAAUAACCGAAGCCAGAAAGGCAACGGCUCAUACUUUUCCAGCGAUGAUCAGUUUCCCCUCUCCAAUGAUAAGGGAAUAGUGCCACAAAAUUGUACAAGCAAUGAAACGCACAAUGGCGCCAGAGCUAAAGUGUCUUACAGUACAGAUUCUGCUAUCCAAGCCAAACAGGAAACUGAUUGGUCAGACCUUAAAUCGAACUUUGAGGUCAGGGACAGCAGUCAGGAAGCUGAAAAAACUCAGCAUCAGGAAGAAACUGAUUUAGUCAUCGAAGUUGGUGGGCAGAAGAUCAACGCUCACAAAUCUGUCCUGGCAGAGAAGAGUGACUACUUCAAAGCACGGCUGUCAAGGGACAUCCUGAAAGUCAAGGGAUUGAGUUACAAGACUUUGACGACAUUAGUAGACUAUGUGUACACUUCUCAGAUGAAUGUCUCCAAGGCCAAUAUUGUCGAUGUCAUCACAGGGGCUAAAAUCCUCCAGAUGCCCUGUGCCGUACAGGCCGCCAUGGACUCCAUGUCCGAACAAAUCACUGCAGAGAACUGCUACGAGAUCCUGAACAUCGCCAAAAAGCAGAGGCUCAGCGAACUGAAGGAGACCGCCUACGGAUUCAUGAGCGACAACUUCCUCCAGGUCCUCAAAGACCCCUCUGUGUACGGUCGCCUGAAUGGGUCUGAGCGAGAUCUGAUCCUGAAGAAGAGGUUGAAUGGAAGGCAGACUCUGAUGGUUGCAGAGAUAAACGAUGUGUUUGAUCGCGUUGGGAGCCGCCCAGCGAGCCGGUGCAGCAGUCGACCGCAGAGCCCGUUGUCGGGUGGGUCUUUGGAGGACAACCAUAUGAUUUACAACUUCAACGAAACAGCAAAUGACUGGAGACCUUUAACUUCAAUGCCUGAGGACAUUAACACUAAAGGGUGCGGUAUCUGCACCAUGUACAACUACCUGUUUGUGGCCGGGGGGAUAAAGGGCUACGGGGAGAAGGGCAAAGUUUCAGACAAGGUUUUCUGUUACAACCCCAUAACCAACAACUGGGCUGAGAUCAAACCUCUGACCCAAGCUCGCUCCCAACUAAAGCUUGUGUCAAUGGAUGGCUACUUGUACGCCAUUGGAGGGGAAUGUUUGUUUACAGUGGAAAAAUAUGACCCUCGCAUGGACCGAUGGACCUCUGUGGCCCCACUACCCAAAGGAGCCUUUGCAGUGGCCCACGAAGCCACAACCUGCGGCGGAGAACUUUACGUUUCAGGAGGCUCUCUGUUCUACCGCCUCCUGAAGUACGACACUAAGAGGGACGAGUGGCAGGAGUGCCCCUACAACAACAGCAGGAAGAAGUCCAGCGACAUGGUGGCCUUCAAAAGCUUCAUUUACCGAUUUGAUGUCAACCGCGAGCAGGGCAUCACCGUGGUUAAGUACAACAGCAUUGUGAAGAUGUGGCACGAUUGCGCAUCACAGAAGCUCGGAAGUCAUUUACCCUUCAGGUGUGCCGUGAUCGGGAACUGCAUCUACUGUGUGAACAAGAGCCAGACUCUACAGUUUGUAGUGGAGGAGGACAACGCCUUCUUUGUUGAGGAGAUGCUCAGGGCGCCUCUGGAGGCAAAAGGCGUUCUUUUCCCUUUUGUUCUCACUUUGCCAGAAAAGCCCGAAAAAGUUACAUAGUGUGUGUGAUCAGAAUAACUCAAUACAUGUGUCAUAGCGAAACUGGAAAAAGCAGAAGACCUUAUAUAAACUCUUCAAUGUCAGCUCUCUAUCUUGGUGUCUCUUUGCCUGCUACCAAUGGAAUGUGUGUAUUUGCAUGGCAAUUUAACGUGUCAGCAGGCCUUAAAAAGAUUUUUUAAGUCAAGUGAAUGAAUGCAAAAGUAUUUGUAUCUGACUGUAGAUUAUGACAUGAUGACAGUGACUGUAGGCUCUUUUGUGUAUUUCCCGUGUUCAGUGUGGUUUGGUGCACUUUUAUAGUUAGGAUAGAUUUUAUUUAGAACAUAUUAACUAGUUGGCUGGUGACUUUGGUGAGAAGUUGUAUAAACAAAGAAUGGAAAGUUGUAGUGCGCCUUAUGAAUGAUGAAACACAGGUUCUAUGCAAGUGAGAGAAUAUACAUGUCUGCUGUAAGGCUAUUUAAUACUUACUGUUUAAUGGGAAUCUGACUUGGAAGGAAGUAUUUAUUCUUUCAACCAGGGCUGCAACGAAUGAUUGUUUUCAUUAUGUUGAUUCAUUGUUUGGUCAACAUUAUGUCAGAUAGUAAUACAAAAUACAGUUAAUUUUGAACACCCCAAGAAGAUGCUGUCUUGUUUGAUUCAACCAAUAAUCCACAGCCUAAAGAAGUUUGGUUGGUUGGUUUUAUUUAAAAAAAAAAAAUAGAAUGAUGAAUGAUCAGUAUUUUGUGUUGAUGGAGUAAUCCACAAAUUGUUGCAGCUCUACCUCUACCCGGUCUUCUCUGGCUUUAAAUUAUAACAUGUGAAUCAAGGUUAAAUUAUGAUAAGUGAAGGGCAUCAUAAUCAUUAUUAUACCGCACAAAUAUUCAGUUUCUCUCCCCAAAAAGCUCAAAGCAACAUUGUCAGAAAUAUUAAACAAGAUGCUUUAGAUUCUUUUUUUAAAUAAAUGAUUGGAAAUAUAACCAUUUCAAUUUGAAAAGUACAAAAAUAAUGACUUUUAGAUUUCGAAAAUGCCAUUUUGUAUAUAGUGCAUACUCACGGGUAUCACAGGUCCUACUUUUAGCACAUUUGCCAAAGAUAAUGAUUAUGCCAGGCUAAAUCUAUCAAAACUGACUUCGGUGUGGAUUCAAUUCUUUAUAAAAAUGGUUCCACUGGUGUGGCCACAGUCGAGUUAAAAAACAAAAACAAUAGUCAGUCGUGUAAGACGAGACGUGCUGCUAACAGGCACCUUCUGGGAAGGCGAGGGAAAGCAAGCCUUUCAGAUUACACAAAGAGUCAUCCCUUAUCUUUUAUUUUCUUUUAUUUGCAUAAGGAAACAGCAAUCGAGCCAAGUUCAUGUUCAGGCAGGUUUCUUCCCAAACUAAAGCAGGCCCACCAUUUAGGUCAAAGGUUAAAUCGGAUACUGUUUCGCAUUGCUACUACAGUGAACACUUCCAUCCACAAACUAGUUAUUCUUAACUAACUCUUUGCUGUUUGCAUCAACUUAAGUUAACAGAAAUGUUGCUCUAAAUAUCCUUUUUUAAAACAUUUUACAAGUUUUUUUUCUUCUGCUGCAACAACACAGUGGGAGUUUUGUAUGGAAGCUAAUGCUGGUUUAUCUUGGAACAAAUUGCUUUUGAUAACAUUUGUAGGAAUGUCUCCAGGCAGUCACUGUGAUGAGGACGGAGUGGAUGUGGUUUUUGAUAUUUUGCUGGCUGGCUAUUGUGAUUUUUUUACAUGGAUUUGCUGCUGUGAUGGACUGUAAAGUAAUGCAGUGCUAGGCUUCCUGUUCAAGGCAUACGGAGUGGGCUAACAAAAGCUGUUGGAUAAUGUGUAUCAGUCAGAACUAAGUGCUUCAAAUAAAAUAUUUUGUGUCUGAAAAUGAUCUGGUUUUCUGAAUGUGUCUUCAGCAUGGUGCUGCUUUAUUUGUGUCAGUCUGUCUUUCCUGAAACACAGCUGCCAUCUAGUGGAGGCUGCCUGUAACAGCAGACAGUGAUGCCGUGUGCCAAUAUGAGCUCAUGUCCAAUAAAACAUUUAAGACCUCA